GCACACAUUAUGGACUGUACAAUUUAAUCACAUGAUAUAACGAGCAACGAAACUUUCCCGACACAUGUGGAGCAUUGAACUAUACUAGUGUAAAAGAAUGAAAAGCAACGGAUUCCAUCUUGAAGUUCGUGAGAAAAACACAGAAUGUGGCAUUGGAAGAUUUAGACCAAGAUUCCUACGGCAUUUUGCGAACAUCAAUACCUUUGUAGGGGUAUACAGUGCCAUAAGCAUGGUAUCGCAGAUUCUGACUAUCUAUGUCAAUACGCAGGUACCUAAUCUAGAGAGACAAUUUGGGUUAAGUAGUACCCAAAGCGGUCUUGUGAUGGGUUUUAAUGACAUAGGUUUUUUCGCGGUUGUCUUAUUCGUUUCGGCAGCUGCGCGGUACGUUCACAUUCCCCGGAUGUUAUUUGUUUGCAUUUUGCUGUAUGGAUUUUCCGGGUUAAUAUGCAGUAUUCCUCAUUUUGUCGCAGUUUCUAGAGGCUUAUUGCCUUCUCUCAACUUAAAUUCCGCCUCCAUGAAUACAAGUACAGAAACCAGCACAAUAACCCUUCUUUGUAAGCCCGAGUUGAAUUUGACUGACAAUGUUUGUGAAAUUGAUACGGACGACUCUAAGAAUGUAUUGGCAGCGCCGAGUUAUUCCAUCAAAGCUCUUGCACUAUCGUUGAUCGGGGUCGGAAUGACGCUACAAGGCAUUGGGAAAGCCCCAAGAGGUCCGUUCUACCUGGUGUACAUCGAUGACAACAUUGAACGAAGGAAGACUGGAUUCUACACAAGUAUUGCAAUUGCGACAUCUAUUUUCGGUCCGGCAUUAGCAUUUGGAGUCGGGGGAUAUUUCAGCAAGAUCUAUGUGACUCUAGAAGAUGUUGAUAUGAACCCACGUGACCCGCGCUGGAUCGGAGCGUGGUGGCUGGGCUUUGUAGUUUUUGGGACUAUCUCCAUCUUUCUUUCCUCGGCUCUCGCUUUCUUUCCUAGACAGCUGAAAAUGUCCGCGAAGGACAUCGCUAAGGGCAAAGUACAAGAAAGAACAAUUGUAGAAGAAUGCUCAUUUUCGGAAAAAAUUAAAAGGAGUUUGACAUCGUACAGCAGAAUAUUGCGGAAUCCGGCGUAUCUACUUACCAACGCUAUGUCAGUUUUUAACAUAAUGUCAGUUGGAGGAUGGUUUGGCUUUUCAUCAAAAUUCCUGAUGACACAUUUCAACAUCCCUCUUUCUUUGGCCAACUACAUAUUGGCUUGUGCUAAUAUAGGAGCGAUUGCUACUGGAUCUUUUUUGGGAGGACUCCUCACAAGGAAAAUAACAAUGACUCCAAGAAAUACUUAUAGGAUGAUAGCAUUUUUCUACGUCAUCAGUAUGACUUUCCUUGGUCUUGCAAUGUUAAUGAGUUGUCCUCAACCGACAGUUGUUGGUCCGAAACUGGCUGUUCCUGGCUACAUUGAUGUGACCUCACAGAAUUGCUCACUUGAUUGCUCUUGUCGAGAUGAGGAUUUUUACCCGAUUUGCGGUUCCAAUAAGGUUAAUUACCAUUCUCCGUGUUUUGCUGGGUGCCAGGAAUUGCUGAGAAAUGGUCGUAUAUUCACUAAUUGUUCAUGUAUACCUGAUGGUCGGGCGAAUGCAGGGUUGUGUGAAAACGUCUGUCCCAACCUCACACCAUGGGUCAUUUUCAUCUUUCUGUCAAGCAUAACAGCAUCAAUGAAAAUAACACCUACUCUCAUUGCCAUCAUAAGGUCUGUUGAAGACAAAGACAAAGCGUCUGCACUAGGACUUAAUAGCUGUCUAGCAGCCGGACUGGGCUGGGCUUUGUCGCCAAUAAUUUUUGGCAAAAUGCUGGAUGGCACGUGUUAUAUAUGGCAGUUUCCUUGUUCAUCAUCCGGGGCGUGCGAAUUGUAUGACCUCCGCCUGUUCCGCCUGUCAAUCCAUGGUCUCUCUCUUGCCAUUAGAUGUCUACCAUUACUUUGCUUAUUAUGUUUGAUGAUAAUAACUAGAAAGUGGGAGGAUUGGAAAUUUUCCAAUAAAAACCAACUCUUAAAGAAGGAAUCGGACAUGGAAUAUACGAAAGUUCCAUCUGAAGAUGUCAAAACCCAUAGCGAACAACAGAAUACAGUUGAUGAUUGACUUUGUAGAAGACUUGAGAAAAAAUGAGAAAUUAAGGAAGUUAACAAUAGCUGCUGUCCAAACAUGUAAUAUAAUCAUUACCGAAACUUAUCCGUUUAAAUGAUAUUUCGAUUCAAAUUCUAAAAGGCGUUUGGAAAGGACUACAUUUUGUAUUAGAAGGUUUCUUAAAUCAAAAAGAUGUCAUGCUGCACAAAUUACAGUUUCGAUUGUAUUCAAUGUAUCGUCAAUAUUUAUGCAUGUAAAUGUAUAUUUCAAUUUUGUAGUUUAAGAUACAAGUAGUAGAGAUUUGGAACAAAUUAUAAUGUUGGCAGUUAAAUGGAUACGAUAACAUACUGUAUAUGUAGCUCGGUAACAAGCACUAUGACCCCAGUGUUUCUUUUUAAUGUCAUGAGUAUCCGUCUUGUGGAAAUCGAAACAAUGACAAAAUUAUAAAAUUCAUGUGUGAACCUCGUGAACUCUAAUUUCUUAUCUAGAGCAGAGGAAACAUUCGCCACCUGAUGUAUCUGUUCCCUCAACUUACAUCAGACAAGUUUAUUCAUGGGGUGAUUUUUAUGCACGUCAAACAUUUAUAGAAAUACUAGUAAUCCCUCAAUCCUCUAAUGACUUCUGUAUCAUUGUUUGCUUUUCCUUUGAUGACAGCUAUUUAUAUUUUCCUGAUGCACCGCAGAUUUCUGUGGUGCAUCUGUGAUAGAUCACACCUUUUUAAAAUGAAGAAUAGCAAGAAAUAAAGAAAAUUGUAUUUAUUAUUAACAAAUUCAUGUCCUUACAUAAAGUUUAAUGAACACAACAUUUACUGUAUUGUCAAUUUCAGGAACGCCUCUUGUUAACACACUAUAGGACACCGGAUUCACAUUUUUAUCCCUGAGAUUUUCAGACUCACUCAUUCUGACCGCAGUAGUUUCACAUUUUCAUUUUUCAUGUUUGGCGGAUUCAUAACUUCUGAAACACGCUUUUGCAAUGCUGAAUUAGAUCGCUUGUUUUUCUGACUGCCGUUUCUGACCUGUGACCUGUUUGAGACAUUAUUUCCUGCCCGUCAAUUCCAUCUUGAUAUAACUGAGUGGCACAGGCCCUCUUGCCCGAGUGGUUCCUGAAGUUUCCGUACAGUCCCGCUUUACCUUUGAUUUCCUUCAUCAACCCCUUUGAUUUGUUGACUCCCAGUACUUGUUCACCAUAUUGCACACAGAAAAUACCGGACACAGCUACGGGCCGGCGGUAAAAAGGUCCCUCGUUACCAAGAACGUCAAGAUAGGUAUGAUAGAUAUUUUAGAUGACCUGCCCGUAAAUCGAAUACAUUUUCCUUGCUCAUCUUGUCCGAUUUCAAACUGGGAACACUCUAGAUUUUUGUGUUCGUCAAAGGCCUUCAGACCGAAUAGCUUACAGUUGUAAAAGAAAACUAUGUAUUGUAAAGCUUGAGAAGAGUGCGACCCGAAUAUUCCUUGAGUCCAGUUUUUUUUACUCCUCAUUUUCCGGCAAUAUUAGAUCAACUUAUCGCACUUUGGUCCCUAAGCCUUUUGAUAACAGUCCAUUCAUGCGCGUGUCUAAAACUUGGCGGAAAACGGCAAUUCGGUGGUCAUGUUCAUCAAAAUAUUUCAUAUUGUGAACGUUUUCCUCUCGCAAGUGACGCAGUAAUCCACACACAAUAAAGUAAAGGGUUCACUGCCGUCCUGUUUACGUACCUCCAAAACAAAGCGUUGUAACCAGAAAAUCAGCAUUUCUGCGUUCAUUUCCUUCAGGCAAGGUACAUUCACUCGCGAUGCGCGCCAUUUAUUGAACAUUUCAACAUACCAUUCCGUAUUUCGCCGAGUAUUGGGAUUUGUAUUGAGAGUCAAUCAGCUGCUGCAAAUCAUCAUCUUUCACAGCUUCGAUGCUGUGACACAUCCAAGAGUUUCUAUUUUCAUGUCACCAUCCAUUUGUUCUAGUGAAUUCCCCCGCGAGAAAAUCCCCAAGUCAAAAUUUAUAGUCUCAAAGUCCAUAUGUGUAGGAUCUUCCCCGAGACACCUAUCGACAGGAAAUGUUGAGGUUUCCUAACUGACCUAAGGAAUUGUCCACCAUAAUUUCGGUUUCCACUGUGUCUAACAAUUGUGAUAGCAUAAAAUCGCAACCGUAAUCCAUAACGUUCAGACGUGAAUGGGCGAGGGGGAGAGUUCAAGAAAUGCAACGCUUUGUACUUUUCGAAUCACGUGCUCUUUUUUCGUUGGUCUUGUAUAAUAUUACAUGAUGAAAUUUUGAUAGAUCAUAGGUAACUCGGUGCAUGAUAAUAUAGUUUAAUCACUUGCUUUUAACGUUAAAUUCUGUGAGAUCAUGGGUAACUCAGUAUCUGAGAACAAUGAUACAAAACAUAUAGAGUAACUUUUAACUCGUGCAUCUUCAGAUAUUAGCCUCGGGGGACAAACCCUCUCGUUUGAUAUCUGAAGAUACACACGUUAACAGGUAUUCUAUAUAUUACGUAUCUAAAGUUGAUUUUCCACGUGUAACGCCUUUUUUUUCCGUGGAUGAGAAAACUUCGUAAAAAUCAGAAAGCGACAACAUAUCCAUUCCUAUUGGUAAAACACGUGCUAAAUGUUAAUUCAGACAAAUAAUGCAGUGUAAAGGAACAAAAUAUCUCAGAAGUCAUGAUCCAUGAGUACCCGGCAUCCGACAUCUGUGUUUACAGAGUAUGUAUAAAUAUUGCAACAAAGUUAUGUUUGCCAGAAUACAGUAAAUUGAAAAAAUAGACAUUGCACAUUGAAUAAUUACUACAUAUUUAUGUCGUCAAAAUACAGUGUACAUGUAUAUACCAUAUUGCAACAUACUGUACAUGUUCGUAUGUUUGCGGGAAUCAAAUUUCGGUGAUUUUGGCAAUGUCAAGAAAGUGCUAAUGUAUGACCCUCUGUAAUGUGAAAACAAAUAUUAGACUAUUAAGUACAUAUAUAUGUACAUGUUUUUCGGACAUUACCUUAUAAAUGGAGGGCCCCUGUCGCGGCAGGUGCUGACACGCUAAAGGACGCUCAUUGAUAUGACCUUGAGCGCUAAGACGUGGGUCAAAAUUAUUUGGUACUUCAUCUACAAUAUGUUAGUAGUAAAUUCCCGACGGGACGUAAAGCAAACAACUAUGUUUGAAUAAUGAUGAUGAUGAAUUAAGUCCUAAUUAGAUUGAUUGAAUAUAUUGUUUUACGUCCCUCUCGAGAAUAUUUCACUCAUAUGGAGACGUCACCACUGCCAGUGAAGGGUUUGCAAAAUUUAGGCCUAUGCUCGGUGCUUAUGGCCAUUGAGAAGGGAGGGAUCUUUAUUGUGCCACACCUGCUGCGACACAGGACCUCAGUUUUUUGCGGUCUCAUCCGAAGGACCGCCCCCAUUUAGUCGCCUCUUACACAAGCAGGGGGUACUGGGGACCUAUUUUAACCCGGAUCCCCAUGGGAUACGUCCUAAUCAGAAAAAAAUAACUCAUCCCUCUCCAUCUCAUUCCAGUACACCCCGCCCUCCAUAACCUCCAACUGAUUCCGGUAUAACCCAUCUGAAUUCCUAAUCAGAAAAAAGACAAUCUUUGAAAAAUAUAUCUUGUGUAUGUAGUCUUGUCUGUAUCAUAACAAAAAUUGCAAUGUAUUAAAUAGAUAAUCGAUUUCUGAAAUAUGGGGGAAGGAUAACGAAUGAAUGGACAUUGGCAGAAUAACUGGAAACAAAAACAACAGUAUAAGAUGCUGAUCAAGAGUGUACGAACUCUUCACCGUGAGGUUGUUUAUAGCUUGUUUGCAAGGUCAUGAGGUUGAAAGUGAUUUUGGUCAGAGGAAACAUAUAACCAAUCGGGGUAUAAGAAAUCAGUGACUAGAGGUCAAGCAUUUAUAUAUAUUAUUUACGAGAAACAAGAAAUUUAAGAUUAUGCAAAAACUUAGAAGUUGAGUAUGCAAGGCUAAAUUACAGAUUUUUCAAGAAAAUCAUCGUACUGGUUUUGAUUUUAAAUUAAAAGCCACUGUUAAUAUUUCUGGAUUUUAAGAUAUAACAAAUAUGGUAAGGAAUGUUGGAGGGUGUACGAGGGUAUAAAUGCGAGGAACGGAGACCGAUUUCUUCAGUAGCUGAUACAGAAUUUUGUCUCUUCCCUUUCAUUUGUACAGGUAAGAUAUUAAGUAUACUUUCGCAUUUCUGAAAUAACUUUACAAUUUUCCAGAUGGCUUCGUUAAUUUUUGUGUGAACUUUUAUAAUAAUGUUUGUAAUUAUUAUUGCAUCUUGUGUAAUAUUGAUUGUAAUCAAUAAAUAUCAUGAUGAUAUAUUUCUUUAAUAAAAGAGUAGCUGAUACAGA